AUGGACAUUUUGUCUGUUCUUAUUCAAUUUCCUUUUUCCCUCUUAUUUCCAACCGCUUCGCGGUUGACUUCCUUCCCGUUUAGGCAGUCUACAUCGCCCAAUCAUGUCGCGAGCCGACACCGAAAAUCAAUUUCUCGUUUCCUCAACCCAACUACAAUGAUUUCCAGAUUGGCAUUGAGAGGUGUCGGUAUCCGUCCUGUGGUCUCAAACAUGAGCCGCAACGCUCCGGCGGCUAUGCGUUUCAUGGCUACUGGUCCAGUUGAGCCCAAAGAAAAAGCCAACUCCAUCGUUGAUGCCUUACCAGGUAACAACUACUUGUCUAAAACCGGAAUUUUGGCCACUUCUGCCGCUGCUGCCGUGUACGGAAUCUCCAAUGAGUUGCUCAUUAUCCAUGACGAAACCAUUUUGGUCAUUACUUUUGCCACUUUCUCGGCAUUGAUCGCCAAAUUUGUCGCUCCAUUGUAUACCGAAUGGGCCGACGGAGAAGUCAAGAAAGUCAACGACUUGUUGAACGAGUCACGUAAUAAGCAUGUGUCUGCCGUCAAGGACAGAAUCGAGUCUGUUUCGCAGUUGAAAGACGUGGUUUCCACCACCAAACUGUUGUUCGCCGUGUCCAAAGAAACCGCCCAAUUGGAAGCCGAAUCGUUUGAUUUGAAGCAAAAGGCUGCUGUGGCCCAAGCCGCCAAGUCCACAUUGGACUCGUGGGUCAGAUUCGAACAGAAGCAAAGACAAUUGGAACAGGAGCAAUUGAUCAAGUCUGUUGUGGAAAAGGUUAACAAGGAGUUGGAGAACCCCAAGUUCCAAGACCGCGUGUUGGCCGAGUCUGUUGCUGAGGUGGAAAAGUUGUUCGCAAAGGCAUAA